AUGGCUUCAACCGGUUUUUCAGUACCUCUGGCUUCAGCAUUCACAGGAGAAAAUUAUGACUUCUGGGCUGCUAAAAUGAAGGCAUAUCUGAAGGCCUAUGAUCUAUGGGAAAUCACAGAAACUGGUAUGGAACCACCUCCACUCAAGGCAAAUCCCACCAUAGCUCAAUUAAAGCAACAUAGUGAGGAGGUUGCGAAAAAAUUCAAGGCUUUGUCCUGCAUCCAGUCAACUAUUUCUAAUGUAAUAUUUACCAGGAUAAUCACUUGUAAGUCUGCCAAGGAAGCCUGGGACAGAUUGCAAGAGGAAUUUAGAGGUAAUGCAAGGACUAGACAAAUGCAAGUUCUAAACUUGAGAAGGGAGUAUGAGGGAUUGAAAAUGAAAGAGGCAGAAUCUUUCAAGGAUUUUCCAGAUCGACUAAUGAAGGUUGUGAACAAAAUAAGGUUACUAGGAGAUGAUCUACCUAAUAGAAGGGUUGUGGAGAAAGUUCUAAUCAGUUUGCCAGAAAAAUUUGAGGCAAAAAUUUCAUCACUUGAAGACUCGGGGGAUCUUUCUACCAUAACCUUGUCUGAAUUGAUAAAUGCUCUUCGGGCUACUGAGCAAAGAAGAUUAAUAAGGCAAGAAGAGCAGGUAGAAGGAGCCUUGUUUGUUAAAGAAAAAUACAAAGCACAAACAAGCAAUGAAGUAAAGAAAUACCAGCAGGAAAAGAAGAGGGGUGAAGGCAGCAAGGCUGCUGAUAAAAAGGACACUUAUCCACCUUGUAUACAUUGCAAAAAAAUCGGUCAUUCACCUAAAUGGUGUUGGUAUAGACUUGGUGUCCAAUGUAGGAAUUGCAAGAAACUUGGACAUGUGCAAAAAGUGUGUAAAAAUCAAAAGGAAAACCAGAACCAGCAGUAG